CAUCAUUGUUUUGACUCCUACUACUUAAAAACCGAAAUCACAAAACAUUUACUUAAACUAUCUUUCUCGAUGAGAGACUCCGCAACAACAACAUCUACUAAAUCCUCACCGUUGUGGAAACCAUUUGCCUCAAACUGUUGCUCCGUCGAUGACCAAACUGUCUUUGCCAAUCUAAGCCGUUGCCGACCUUCGAGAUCAGAGUUCUCCAAGAAUCAUCUUGGACCGCUUCCUUCUUUCCGACGGCUCUCCUUUGCUGAUCUAAGUCGUUCUUCAUCAGCUAGGAUCAAUGAAGAUCUGGCACAGACUCUUGGAGCCGAUUUGGUGGAUUUUCAGAUGUGUGAACUCAAGAUGAUCACUCAGUGUUUCUCUGGGAACUAUCUUCUCGGAGAAGGUGGAUUUGGUAAAGUUUAUAAAGGUUACAUCGAUGAGAACCUUCGACAAAGCCUCAAGGCUCAGCCUGUUGCUGUCAAGCUGUUAGAUAUUGAAGGGCUUCAAGGACAUCGUGAAUGGCUUUCUGAGGUCAUACUUCUUGGACAACUAAAGCACCCAAAUCUAGUCAAACUUAUCGGUUACUGCUGCGAGGAGGAAGAACGAGUCCUCAUUUACGAAUUCAUGCCACGUGGUAGCUUGGAAAACCACCUCUUCAAACGGAUUUCAAUAUCGCUACCGUGGGUGACGCGAUUGAAAAUCGCUGUUGCCGCUGCCAAGGGUUUGGCGUUUUUGCAUGAUUUAGAGAGUCCAAUAAUCUACCGCGAUUUCAAAACUUCUAAUAUACUACUCGAUUCGGAUUUUACGGCGAAGCUAUCAGAUUUUGGUCUGGCUACUAUGGGACCAGAAGGAUCCAAAUCUCAUGUCACAACUCGAGUCAUGGGCACUUAUGGUUAUGCUGCUCCUGAAUAUGUCUCAACAGGUCAUUUAACGACAAAGAGUGACGUGUACAGUUACGGAGUCGUGUUACUCGAGCUCCUAACGGGAAGAAGAGCCACAGAUAAGUCACGGCCAAAAAACCAGCAAAACAUCAUCGACUGGGCAAAGCCCUACCUAACGAGCAGCCGUCGUCUACGAUGCGUUAUGGACCAGAGGCUCGCCGGUCAUUACUCGGUCAAGGCGGCUAAGGAUACAGCUCUUCUCGCCUUACAAUGUGUGAGCCCUAACCCUAAAGACCGGCCCAAGAUGCCCGCCGUUGUGGAGGCUUUAGAGAGUCUCAUGCAUCAUAAAGACAUGGCGGUUUCGUCCGGUCACUGGCCACCAUCUCCGAGAUCUCAAGGCGACAAAAUCUCGCUGAAGGUUAGAGGGGAUAAUCGAAGUGGUCGAAAAUCAGCUCCGGGUUCACUAAGAAAGUGAAAUAAGGGACUAAUGAAAUUCAAUAAACACGUGAUUGUCUCGUUUGUGUGUGUGCGCAUAUAAUAUGGAGUACGCCGGCUUAUACAUAUUUAUAAGUGUGACAUAGUAGUAUGAACAAAACGAAUUGUAAAACAUUAGAGUUUGAGUCGCUAUUUCAAUUAUAUUUAGUCUAUAUAAUACACGCGUUAAAUGGCUAACUGUUGACAUUUUUGCUCUUGUUCUUAGGCUUGGCCUCUCCACACUUCUCGUACUGCCAGCCUCAU